GAUCUGGUUCGUCGAUACCCGUUAGUUUAACUGUUUAUAUAAAAGCACAGUUUUAAAACAACAUUUAAAGUUUUAAAUACAGUUUUAAUAGUUUUAGUGGCGGGUUAAUUAAUUAUUUAACAAUGCUAGUGUUGUUGUUUUUUUUGUAAAGACAGUAAAAGUUAACUAAUAAGAAUUUGUUGCUAUGCUAAAUACGCCUGCUUUAGUUAACGUAAUUAACUAAGCUAGGUUAGUAAUAUUAUAUGUAACGUUAAGAUAACUAAUACUCAGUACAGUAAGUUAGUUACAUGAGUUAAUGAGAACUGCGUGUCAUGUUAGCUAUGUUUAAAUUUAUUUAUUUUAUUUUUUCUAGUCAUCUUAAAGUUUGAACAGUCUCGUCUCGCCAGCUAACUGUUACAGCCUUCCUAUUCAGUACUAAUCCCAGACCCGGUGUGGUGAUGUCACUACACCCGGUUUUAACUCCUCAAGGCGAGCUCUUCCUCCUCUACAUCUUAUAGCUAUAGUUAACUCGGUCUGUUACUCUAAUCUUAUGGAUCCUCAGUGGAGAAUUAACGCUACGGCAGUUCUGAUGGCUGUUUCACGAGGUUGAGUAAGUUGGCAGUAACGGGAGGAGAGCGCCCACACGGCCCUCUGGGACACAAUGCUACGGAAAGACGCGCCUCGGUGCUACCAAGAGUUCAGUGAUGAGGACUGUGUUCGAGUACCUGCAUCCUAUCAGCAUAAUACAGAUUCUACCAAAGAUCAAGAUGAAGCCAACUGCAGUGUCUUACCAGAUGAGGAUAUCAUGGAAAACAGUCAAAUGCCAACUGCCUUCAAUAAAGCUUGUGUGAAGAACGUCUUUACCUUCAUUCUUGUUCUUAUCUACCUUACGUUAAGUACAGUGGCUGCGUUUUUGGCCUACCAAACCAUUUCUGACUUCCUGGAGAAGCUCAACCAUCCUGUAAUGUCUGUGUCCUACAAAGAGGUCGAGGAGUUUGCUCCCCCAGGAAUUGCACUGUAUCCUGGGAAAGCUAAGUUAUUAAGCUGUGAGCACCAUUAUCAUGACUAUAUCCCACCGGGUUUAUCAACUCACCAGAUGAAGGAGAAUGAAUGUGUAAUAGAGGAAGUCACCUAUAAUGACCCAUAUUCCAACCAUACAAGACGGGUCUUGGUGGUUGAGGGUCCAACAGAUGUUCGUAACCGAGAACUGGUAUUCCUCCAGUUCAGUCAAAAUGAAACAGAGGAGGACUUCAGUGCCAUCAGCUACAUGUUGUUUGCCCAAUUCAGCGAUAUGACUAAAAGUUCAGACAAGUCAGCAUUUAUGAAAGACUGCGAAAGAAAUUACUCCAUGUGGACGUUCUCUGGUGGGUUUCGUACCUGGGUCAAAAUGUCUUUGGUCAGGACAUCUGGAAGAGGAAAUGAAUCUGUAGAAUUCAGACAAGAGUCCAGUGUUGUGAAGUACAAUGACAGGAGGCCUGUACAAGAGCGAACCAAUGAGCUCUUCUUUGUUGUGUUUCAAUGGCGGGAUCCAUUUAUACAACAAGUCAAAGAUAUCAUCACAGCAAACCCCUGGAAUACCAUAGCCAUUCUGUGUGGUGUCUUCAUGGCUCUUUUUAAAGCAGCUGACUUUGCCAAGCUUAGUAUAAAGUGGAUGAUCAAAAUUCGCAAAAGACACACAAGGGCUAGAAAUAGGGAAAUGAACCAGAUCAGCUAAAAUGAAUUUGUUCACUGACUAAGAUAUGUUUAUUAAUUUCAAGCAGUUGAUAAACAAACUAAUUUUAACUUUGAAAGACUGAUCUGUUUUAUCAUUUUAGAAUGGAUUUCAGCAGUUUUUUUAAUUAUUCUGCUUUACAUUUUUGUUACAUCAGUCUUAUUUUAAUUUCCAGUGCAAUAUUACUACUGACAUUCUAUAACAUGCUGUUCACUACUCAUAAAAUAUAUAUAAAAGGGACAAAGUGUGCAAUCAUAGUGAUGAGUGACUUGCAAAUGAAAUGUAACACUGAUCUCAACAUGGCAGCUGAUUUUUUUUCUUUCUCAGAUUAUUAGGGCAACAAAAUUUUAUUAAAAUGACAUCAAAAUGUG